GUUACGUCAAAUGACUUGCCUGGAUCUAGUGGAAGCACCGGGAGCGACGACGACGACCACAAUCAAGAAAGCAAGACGUUGAGUCGAGCUCGCAUCGCAGCCUGUGCAAGCGGAAUCGGAUGCAUGGUUCUCCUACAGACCAUAAACAUCAGUCUUCUGACGACCACUCAAAGCGCGAUAGCGGAAGACCUCGAUGCGUUCGGUGAAACGACAUGGUUCACGUCCUCAUACCUGAUCACCAGCGCCGCUUUAUCUCCAUUGGCUGGCAAGCUCCUCAAUAUCCUCUCGCCACGGAUAUGCUUACCCAUUGCAGCGGUCAUCGCGGCGGUCGGAACGGGAGUGACUUCGCUCGCACCGACCUUUGCGGCCUUCAUUGUAGGCAGAGUCGUGACUGGAAUCGGCUCAGCCGGCAUUGUCACAGGCGCGGUUGUGGUUGUGCUGGAGUUGUCUGGUGCAAAACAUAAAGGACUGGGGGUUGGGCUUUUGAACUCGUGCUUCACUGUUGGAGUAGCUGUGGGUGCAGUCCUAGCAGGUGCAUUAUUGGAAGCUCUGGGCUGGAGAUCGCUGUUCUGGCUUCAAUCGCCUUUACUCCUUUCAAGUGGACUGAUCACUUGGCUCGCUAUCCCAGCAGACUUCUUCUCCAAAAAUGCCGGCAAUCAAUCGCAAUCCUCAAGAGGCAAGACUUUAGCAGAAAUAGACUACUUGGGUGCUCUGUCGUUGACCAGCAGCAUCGUCCUCGUGCUCUACUCACUGAGCUCACCGGGACGAAUUCCCCUUCUACCUCUAUUACUCUCGCCGAUCGCCGCAGCUGCCUUCGUCCUCAACGAACUCUACCUCGCCAAGGACCCCAUAAUCCCCAUCUCCCUGCUCCGGUCCCGCGGCCUCAUGACGACCUGCCUCGCCACCGUCGGCUACAUGAUGAGCCGCUGGGCCGUCCUCUUCUACACGCCAGCCUACGCCCUCGUCUCACGCGACUGGACGCCCGCCCUCGCCGGCACCAUCCUGAUCCCCACCAACGCCGGCUUCGCCCUCGGCGGCCUCCUCGCAGGCUGGCUCCACAUCCGCCGUCGCGGGAGUUACUACACGCCGACGCUGAUCUGCUACAUGGUGUUCCCGGCGACCGUGCUCGCGCUCGCGCUGCUGGCCAACCGCGCGACGCCGAUCGCAGCCAUCAUGGCGAUCCUCUUCAUCUGUGGUCUCGCCACGGGCGCCGCGUUGAACUACAGCCUCGCACAUCUCCUCCACAUCAUUCCGCCGGAGACGGCGUACAUCGCGACUGCGCUGCUGACGACAUUCCGGAGCUUCGCGGGGUCUUUCGGUUCGGCGAUCGGCGGUGGGGUCUUCGUGCGGGCGCUGGAUGGCGCUCUGCGGCGCGGAUUCGCGGAGCAAGGCGAUGGGGAGCGAGAGGAGCUCGUCCGUCGUCUGUCAGGUUCGCCGGCGUUGGUUGGGUCAUUGAAAGGGGCUACGCAUGAGAUUGCAGUGUUGGGAUAUGAGCAGGCGUUCAGAACGCUUUGGUUGGCAGCGGCAGGUUUGGCGGUGGUGAUGGUGUUCGUUCAAGCUAACGCUGGAUGGACGGGAUACGCGGAACGC